GAAACUUAACUAGAAAAAUUUUCCUCUUCAUAUUUAUCAUUUUCCAUUACUGAACUCCAAGCUGACAGAAGUUCAGUUCAUAUAUUGAAGUAAAAAAAACUGCCAUAAAAUUGCAAGUAAUGAUUAUCAUCACUUUCAUAAAAGAAUUCCCAACACAAUGCUGCAAGAAGACUGAAUUAAUUGAUAGUUGGUGUGAGAGUAGCCAGCUGGUGGGAGGAAUAAAGACAUUGUCAAUUUGGCAAGCAGGUAUCAAUGCCAUAUUUCGCCGCCAAUGUAACAACACGUCUGGCUUGAUCGUUUUCACAGUUGCCAGUUGCCACAACAAGAGCAAUAUCCUUGGACUUGUACCAUUGCUGCAAUUUCACAAUUACCCCCCUGCAGAAGACAGUCAAGUUAUCAAAGAGAGAAAGAUACCACAGAUUAAUAACAAUGGCCACCGUAUGACCCAGAUGGGUAUUUAAAUUUGUAUCUCUCCCCAUUAAUAACCCCCUAAAAAAAAAUACGAAGUGUGAAAUGAGCUAGAUUUUAGCUUCUUGACCAAACAAACCCCAUUAAUGAUCUUGAAGCUCUCCUCCCAAGAAUUUUUUUAAUAAAAAAGGACAAUACAAUAAGAUAAACAAAAAAAAAAAAAUUACUACUAUAGUUAAAAAAUCAUCUAAUGAGAGUUGGCAGUGUCAGUUGCUAGCUCAUGAAAUGGGUAUAAUUAAAGUUCAAAAAAAUAUUCCUACAUAGAACGAAGCAAGCAAAGGAUUGAAGUGAAGUUUGGAGGAAGAGAAGAGGGGUGUUUUGUAAUAUUUUAACAGUAGCAGUGGCGGUGGUUAAUGAUCAAAGAGCUCUCUUUUUGAUGCAAGCGUGGGUAUAAAUGCAGGACCUUUGCCGUUACUCUUCCCUUUCAUCUCUCUUCUUCAAAAUAGACGAAUACCACUUCCUUUCCCUCACUCUAAAGUAAUAAAACUCUCUACGUUUCUUCUCUGGUUUUGUUUUUUGACUGUUUUUUUAGCAGAGUUGCUCUGUCGCUGAACAAACAGAAAAGAAAAAGUACUAGCUGAAAUUCAAUAAAGGCUUUAAUUUUUGUUUGCGUGGGUGUGUUGAAACCAAAAAAGGAAAGGCCUUGAAUGAGAGAGCACAGAGAAUACAAAAAAGUAAGCACGGAAUCUGAAAUGGGUGUUCAAACAGAAUAGUGGAGAAAGGCAUAGACUGAGUUACUUCUACUAGUUUUGUUGAAGAGGGAUGGAUAUAGGUGAAAAAGAUAAAUAUGACCUAGAAAAGAGGAAUGACAAUAACAUAAACUACCAGGCACCUGGUAUGUCAUCAGAUUGGCAGUUUGGUGGUGCCAAUCUCACAAGUACUCCUAUGAGUUUAGUUGCUAGCGAUAAUCCCUUGGCUAUUGGUUCUUCAUGUGCCUCUGCUUCAGUGGUAGACUCAUUUGGUUCUAACCUUUGGGAGCACUCAUCUAAUUCACAAAACUUGGGAUUUUGUGACAUCAGUGUACAAAAUGGUGCAAGCUCUUCAAAUGCAAUGGGAAUUGGAAAAGGUGGUCCUACCUCUCUGAGAAGUAGCAUUGAUAGACUAUUUGAUAUGGAUGGGAAUUCGUCAAGUUCAAUGUUGAAAGGGGGCUUUUUUUUACCGAUUUCAACUGGGAUUCUACCACAGAGCCUGUCUCAGUUGCCAGCUGAUUCAGCUUUCAUUGAGCGUGCUGCCAGGUUCUCGAGCCUUAAUGGGGGAAAUUUUAGUAAUAUGGUGAACCCUUUUGGUAUUCCUGAAUCUAUGGGCCUGUAUUCUAGGGGUGUGGGCUUGAUGCCAGGAUCAAAAGAUGUUUUUGCAAUCAGUGAGAUGAAAUCAGUAUCUGGUGUGGAAUCUCAGAAAAGUAAGUUGAAUGCCACUGAAGCUUCUAGAGAUGCUUGUUUGCAAGUUGAAAAUAGUGCUACUCUAGAAAGCCCACUAAAGAAUGAAAGGAAAAGUGAAAGGCUUGUGCGAUCUAAUGAAGAAGCAAAACAAGGAACUGGUGGCUCUGGUAAUGAGUCUGAUGAGACUGAGUUUAGUGGUGGUGCUGGUGAUCAAGAUGAGCCAUCUACAUUGGAUGGUACAGGUGGUGAACCUUCAGCUAAGGGUCUUAGUUCGAAGAAAAGAAAAAGGAGUGUAAAGGAUGCUGAGGUUGAUCAAGCUAAGGGAGGCCAACCACCUGUCGAGGCUGCCAAGGAUAGUGCUGAAAAUCAACCGAAGGGAGACCAGAACCAAACUACAACGAUCAAUAAGGCUACGAGCAAACAGGGAAAACAAGGGUCUGAGGCUUCUGAUCCACCAAAAGAAGAAUACAUUCAUGUCAGAGCCCGGAGAGGCCAGGCAACAAACAGCCAUAGUCUUGCAGAAAGGGUGAGAAGAGAAAAGAUCAGUGAAAGGAUGAAAUUUCUUCAGGACCUUGUACCUGGUUGCAGCAAGGUUACAGGCAAGGCAGUGAUGCUAGAUGAAAUCAUUAAUUAUGUGCAGUCACUUCAGCGGCAAGUUGAGUUUCUUUCAAUGAAACUUUCGACAGUAAACCCAAGGCUGGAUUUUAAUAUAGAAGGGCUUCUGGCAAAAGAUAUUACUCAAUCACGAGCUGGUCCUUCAUCAACUCUGGGGUUUUCUCCAAAUAUGUCUGUGGGUUAUCCUCCAUUACAUCCGUCUCAACCUGGACUUGUUCAAGCUGCUUUUCCUGUCGUGGGGAAUAAUGCUGAUGUUAUUUGUAGAACUCUCGGUUCCCAGUUCACACCUAUGACUGGAAGAUUCAAGAAGCCUAAUCAGAUAUUGAACGCAUGGAAGGAUGAGCUCCACAAUGUUGUCCAGAUGAAUUAUGGAACCGGUGCUCCUGCUGACAGCCAAGAUGUAAAUGGGUCUCUACCAUCAGACCAUAUGAAAGUAGAACUUUGAUCCUUCUCUUAAGGGUCUAUGGCUCUAUGCCAGACAGCUCAUAACGACCCUCUACUUGCUAUAUAUAUGCCAUCAUUCUUGAAGGUAGCUAAGGACAUGUACUCUUUCAAAAUUAAGUAUAAACAUAUGCUAUCACCAUUUUCCUACCCAGUUCUUAGUGAAUAAUUGAAGAUGCAAUUGGCCUGGUUUUAAAGCUAGGAAUAUCAGUCACAUAUGACCAAAGGAUAGGCUUGCUUAAAGGGAGGUUCCUUAACUGGACAAUGGGGCGGUGAUUUCAUUUUCUCUUGUUUGAGCAUUAGAUAUAUAGAGGGAAAUGGAAUUCCGUUGAUCAUGGGAAUUGUAUCACUGUCCUAGUAAGAGGAAAAAUGGAUUAGAAUGUAUAGAUUGAUGAUGGAAAGUUUUUGUGAUGUAAAAGUAUAUGCUUUUUCUAUCAGUAUUAGAUGAUUUCUUCUGUAAUUUACAGAUGACAGUGAGGAAGUAUUUUGUUCAGUUCAGAGGUGUAAGUUUCAUUUGUUUAUUAUGUU